AUGGAGCGAAAGCUUGUGGUUUUGGGUAUCCCGUGGGAUAUUGAUUCCGAUGGGCUUAAGGAUUACAUGUCGAAAUUUGGAGACUUGGAGGAUUGUAUUGUCAUGAAGGAUCGAUCAACCGGAAGAUCUCGUGGAUUUGGAUAUGUCACUUUUGCUUCUUCUGAUGAUGCAAAGAACGCUUUGAAAGGUGAACACUUUCUAGGGAACAGAAUCUUGGAGGUAAAAGUGGCUACACCAAAGGAAGAAAUGAGACAGCCUGCAAAAAAGGUGACGAGGAUCUUCGUUGCUCGAAUCCCUCCAUCAGUCUCUGAAUCGGAUUUUCGAAGCCAUUUUGAGAGGUAUGGAGAAAUUACAGACUUAUACAUGCCUAAGGACCACAACUCGAAGCAACACCGAGGAAUUGGGUUUAUCACAUUCGCUACUGCUGAUUCAGUGGAGGAUUUAAUGGAAGACACUCAUGAUCUGGGGGGUACAACGGUUGCUGUUGACCGGGCAACACCAAAGGAGGAGGAUCAUCCUCCAAGGCCACCGCCGGUGGCUAGAAUGCCGCGCCCACCCGUGGCUGCUGCAGGUGGAUUUGGAGCUCCGGGUGGUUAUGGAGCCUAUGAUGCUUACAUUUCUGCAGCUACAAGAUACGCAGCGCUUGGUGCUCCUACUUUGUAUGAUAAUCCGGCUUCGUUUUAUGGAAGAGGGGAACCAGCUAGAGGAAUAGGGAAUAAGAUCUUUGUUGGACGGCUUCCGCAAGAAGCAUCUGUUGAUGAUCUUCGUGAUUAUUUUGCGAGGUUUGGUCGUAUUCAGGAUGCUUAUAUUCCAAAGGAUCCAAAGAGAAGUGGACAUAGAGGUUUCGGAUUCGUUACCUUUGCUGAAAAUGGUGUUGCAGAUCGCGUAGCUCGGAGAUCACAUGAAAUCUGUGGACAAGAGGUAGCAAUAGAUUCAGCAACACCGCUUGAUGAAGCUGGACCUAGCGCCGGUGGAAGUUCAAUGCUAAGUUCUUCUCGUCCUGAAUACUUUGGUGGAUAUGGAGGUCCAAUGCGCUCUUUUGGUCGAAUGUAUGGAGGAGGCAUGAGCUUGGACGAUUGGGGAUAUGGAAUGCCAAACGCAAGACCAUCAAGGUCAGACUGGAGGUACCGGCCAUACUAA